AUGGAUUCGGCACCGACAGACAUACGGAUUGCCAUUGUAGGCGCUGGAAUGGGAGGAUUAAGCACAGCUCUGGCAUUGGCUAAGAAGGGACUGAAGAAUAUUGAUGUUUUUGAAGCAGCUCCUGAUCUUGGAUUCGUUGGUGCUGGAAUUCAGCUAGCACCCAAUCUAGUUCGAAUUUUGUCACGGCUUGGCUGCUGGGAUCCUAUCGAGGCUGCGGCAACAGAAGUGAAAGAAACCAGUAUAAGAGGCACGUAG